AUGGCAGCAAUGAGGGCUCGUCACAAGAUUCGAGCUCCCAAGAGGGGUGUCUCCAAAAAGACCGAAGAUUUCGAUUCUAUCUGGACAGACCUCUCGUCAUUCUUGACUGGAAUCAAUACGAAAGAAUAUGCAGCUCUUGAAUAUGAAGAUAUCUAUCGCCUCGCCUAUAAGAUCGUGUUGAUGAUGCGGGCCCCCGAUCUUUACGAGAAAGUCAAACAACUGGAGCAGGACUGGCUUCAGACCAAAGUUCGAACCCUUGUCACAGAUUCGAUUUCUUCAUCUCUUAUACGUGCCCAAAAAUCCACCGAUACGCAAGAUCAGUCCAGUGAGAGGAGGGAGGAGGGGGAGAAGUUCCUCACUGUUCUGAAAGUAGCUUGGGCUGAUCAUCAAUUCGGCAUGGGCAUGGUUGCCGAUGUUCUGCUAUAUAUGGACCGUAUGGUAAGAAGCCAUGAACACCCACCCAUCUACGUCGUCUGCAUGUCGUUGUUCCGAGACCAUAUCAUACGAUCCCCUAUCCGUGCCGGCUCUUCCCUGACUGUUAUGGACAUGCUUGAAUCCACAAUAUUGUUUAUGAUUCAAUUAGAACGUUCCGGGCAUCUGAUUGAGCGGCCGCUCAUUCGACAUUCCAUCCAAAUGUUGGAGGGCCUCUAUGAAACCGUCACAGAGGAAGAGAACUCAAAGCUUUAUCUGACUGUAUUUGAGCCGGCCUUCCUCAAUACAAGCAGGGAAUUCUAUCGUGCAGAAGGGCAACGGCUGUUGGAAUUUGGAGAUGCUACCACGUUCUGCCGCCUCGCAACCCAACGGAUUACCGAGGAGCAGGAGCGAUGCCGCUUCAUGUUGUCGGCCACAACAGAGUCAAAGGUCCUUGAGCUGUUGGAUGAGGAGCUCAUCCGUGCCAAUAUUGACGAAGUCGUCAAUCUCGAAGGAACCGGUGUUCGACACAUGCUGGACCAUGAUCAGCUAGAUGGGCUACGAAAUGUGUACCUGCUCAAUCAGAGGGUCGACAAGAAAAAACAAGCAUUGACAAAUUUAGUCAACAAGCGGAUUGUGGAAAUGGGCAAAGAAAUCAAUGCUUCCUCCAUACUCCUACCACAAGCCCCGGCCCGGCCGACAGGGAAAGAUGACAAAGGUGACAAAAGGACCGAGAAAGCAAAAGACAAGGAGAAGCCUCAGAAUCAGCAAACAGUGUCCGCAAUCCGUUGGGUAGACAACAUUCUCGGCCUCAAGCGGAAAUUCGAUGGUAUUUGGGAGAAUGCAUUCGCGUCCGAUCAGGGGUUGCAGAGCUCAAUCGGGGCGAGCUUUGCUGAAUUUAUCAAUUUGAAUCCGCGAAACUCCGAGUAUUUGUCCCUUUUCUUUGACGAAAACUUGAAGAAGGGCAUUAAGGGAAAGACGGAAAGCGAGGUUGAUGUUCUUCUGGACAAUGGCAUAACACUGCUGCGCUAUAUCAAGGACAAGGAUCUCUUUGAGUCCUAUUACAAGAAACACUUAUCACGUCGACUUCUGAUGAAACGCUCUGCUAGCAUGGAUGCAGAAAGACAGAUGAUUUCCAAGAUGAAGAUGGAGGUCGGUAACCAGUUCACUCAGCGCAUUGAGUCUAUGUUUAAGGACAUGACCAUAUCGGAAGACCUUACCAAUAACUACAAGGAUCACAUUGCGCGCAACGGUGAUCCCUAUCAGAAACCAGUGGACUUGGAGGUCAACGUUCUCACCAGUACCAUGUGGCCGAUGGAGAUCAUGGCAAACACCAAAGAGGGAACACUCCAGCUUCCUUGUAUUUUCCCGCGAGAGAUUGAUGCACUCAAACAAAGCUUCGAGAGGUUUUAUCUGGACAAGCACAGUGGGCGCAAAUUGUCGUGGCAAGCGAACAUGGGUACAGGCGAUCUUCGAGCCACUUUCAUACGCCCCAAUGGCAAAGUCCAACGCUACGAAUUGAACGUCUCAACCCACGCCAUGGUGAUCCUACUGUUGUUCAAUGAUCUUCCAGAUGGGGAGGAUCUCACCUAUGACGAUAUCAAAACUCGCACCCAGAUCCCAGACCAUGACCUUGUUCGCAACAUGCAAUCGCUCGCCGUUGCCCCGAAGACUCGAGUGCUGACGAAGAGCCCCAUGAGUAAGGACGUGAAACCCACGGAUAGAUUCUCUUUCAAUCAUGAGUUCCACAGCCCCUUUGUGAAAGUGCGCAUUGGGGUUGUCAGUGGCAGUGCCAACAAAGUUGAGAACCAAAACCAGCGCAAGGACACGGAAUCAAAGAUGAAUGACGAGCGUAAGGGCAGCAUCGAGGCUGCCAUCGUCCGCAUUAUGAAACAACGAAAAACGCUUACGCACUCUCAACUAAUGACCGAAACCCUUUCACAACUGUCUGCUCGCUUUGUUCCUGACGUCAACAUGAUCAAGCGGCGCAUCGAGAGUCUGAUCGACCGCGAAUAUCUCGAGCGAGUCUCCGAGGAGCCGCCCACGUAUGGGUAUGUCGCGUAG